GAUAAAAUGGCGGGCAAAUUUUGCUAAUCGCCGCACCCAACUUCUCGCCCAACUCAGAAACUAACAUGAAAAUUGACUGGGACAAGGUCGACUUCCCUGAGCCUGUGUUCUCGCGCUUUGCCAGCCGCAGAUCAGUCGUCUUCAGUACCAAGGGUGUUGUGUCUGCCUCUCAGCCGCUCGCUGUUGAAGCGGGUCUAGAAAUUCUUAGGAAGGGGGGAAAUGCGGCCGAUGCUGCCGUAGCCGUCUCAGCGGCAUUGAACGUGACAGAACCAUCCAGCUGUGGCAUUGGCGGUGAUGCCUUCUGUCUCUUCUACGACGCAAAGACAAAGACUGUGAAGGCCUUCAAUGGCUCAGGACGCUCGCCACAGAAGCUUACCAUCGAUUAUGUUCGCUCACAAGGCGUCGGUGGCAACAAAAUUCCAUUCACGAACCUGAACUGUGUCACGGUGCCCGGUGCGGCCGCUGCUUGGGUUGACACCGUCGAGAGGCUGGGCAGCGGAAACGUCACUCUUUCUGACGUCCUCGCUCCUGCCAUCAAGCUCGCGGAAGAAGGACAUCCUGUAUCCGAGUUAACUGGUUACUCGUGGAGGCGUAGCGAAAAGCUUAUCCAGACCGCCUCACCAAAUGGCGACGAAAUCCUCCUCAACGGACGCGCUCCUCGUCCGGGCGAAGUCAUAAAGCUCCCUAACCUAGCUAAGACCUUCCGCACGCUCGUCGCUGAAGGCAAGGCCGGCUUCUACAAAGGUAGGAUUGCUGAAGCCAUCGUUGACCUCAUCAAAUCCAAGGGAGGCGUCAUGGAGCUCGAGGACCUGGCGAAGCACGAUACUGACUGGGUCGCACCAAUCAGCUACACAUUCAAUGGAGAAGUUACCGUGUACGAGUGUCCGCCGAACGGUCAAGGUCUCACCGCACUUGUGGCGCUGGGUAUCUUGGACCAGCUGGAGGAACAGGGAAAGAUCAAAUCUUUACUGGAGAUGGAGCACAACUCUGUGGAAUACCUCCAUGCACUAGUCGAGACGCUACGGCUCGCAUUUGCAGACACUCAAUAUUACGUUGCUGAUCCAGCCGUGUGUCCUGUCCCUGUCGAGGAGCUGCUGAGCAAAAAAUAUCUUGCCUCCCGUGCGAAGCUAAUCGACCCUACAAAGACGAAUCCUGAAGUCGUCCACGGAAACCCAGUCCGCUCCUCCGACACAGUUUACUUCACAGUCUCGGACCAAUGGGGGAACGCGUGCAGCUACAUUCAAAGCAACUAUUCAGGAUUCGGCACUGCAGCCGUUCCCAAGGGAUGUGGCUUCACGCUACAGAAUCGUGGUACAGGCUUCUACCUGAUUCCAGGUCAUCCCAACGCUUUGGAGCCAGGUAAACGACCGUAUCAUACAAUUAUCCCGGCCAUGGCUCUGAGGGGGAAAGAGCUCUUCUUGAGCUACGGUGUCAUGGGUGGCUUCAUGCAGCCUCAAGGACAUGUGCAAGUACUUCUGAACAUACUUCGCGGGUUCACGGCGCAGGCUGCGCUUGAUGCUCCUCGUUUCUGCAUCUCAGCAGGAAGUCCGGAGACAGAGAGUAGCCAAACAGGCUCCGCUGGGGAUAUCAACAGCGAGGUGUACUUCGAGGAAGGCAUUCCUGAUAAAGUUGUUGAGGGACUAAGAGCUAUGGGUCACGAUGCUCGACGCGCCGCCGGUCACGGUCGGUCAGCACUGGGUCGCGGCCAGGUCAUUCAACAAGUCAUAGAUCCUGCCGGCAACAGGGUAUGGGUUGCGGGUUCAGAUCCGAGGGCAGACGGCCACGCAGCAGCGCACAUCUGACACGUAUAAGUUGUCACCAUGGGUAUAAAUAAAGUAAAACUGUAACGGUCCCGUUGUAACCAUUAGGUACAUAUCUGAUAACGUUCGGAUAUACCCACUAUUACGCCACGACGAUCCACAGACACCAGUAGUCCGUAUUGGGUUACAUUCGCUGCAUGCGUUCUGCACCAAUCAUAGCGGUUAGUCGAUCCUCACGGAAGGCCUUCGUGCGAUCUGGUCCCGUAAUCUUUCCCCAACCUGCCAGCGGGACGACGAUGGCAGUCAGGUUGUCCUGGGAGGCCAUGCCGGAGGCAAACGAGACGAUGCGGUCGGCGGCCUCCUUGGGUGUUUUUGCACCUCGUGCGAGGUCAGAGAUCUCAUCAUCGGAUACGACGGACGAUACGCCGUCCGAAACAAGUGUGAUGUGGGAAUAAGCAUGUCCUCGGAGAAGCCUCGAGCGGACUUCAGGUUCUGGAGUCACGCCAAACGGCUUAUACUUGAGGUCGCCUAGAGAUCGUGUACUGGCUAAGGCACCCAUCCACCUCGCCUCGCCAAAGGAGUCCAAAGUGAGCCCACUCCCCAUCGUUCUCCGCAGACGAUAAGCUUCAAUACGGGUAUCUGGGUGAUGAUUCUCGGUCAUCGGCGUGACUUUGCCUUGUUCAACGUGCGUCAAGAGUACUCGGGUGUCUCCGACAUGUGCGACUGUAAGCGCAAGCUUCUCCGCGGUGAAGAAAGGCAACACUGGGUUGUCCAAGGUCUGCAGAAGAACAACAGAUGCGGUCGCGCCAGCUUCCUUAGCUGCCUUCUCGAUUGCAAGUUGACGAUCAAUCUCAAAAAAUGCAAGAGUGGCCCUUGCUUCCAAGUCCAAUUUACGUUGCGCAUCGGCACUGUUCGGUCUGACCCAAGGGCUAAGGGCGCCUCCUCUGUAACGCUUGAAGUAACCGCCAAGUUCUUUGGCCCAUUCUAGCAUUUCUGGGACAUGAGACUUGUCUGCACUUUCGAAGAAACCGUGCAACUCUUGGCGCAAGUACUGAGAGACGGUGGACCCGCCGUGCCCGUCAUAGAUUCCAACAAAUAGGACUUGUCUGGCCAGCGGGUUUGGGAGCGCAUGUGGAUCCCAAUCGAUGCCGUGAUAUUUCUUCAAGCUCACGCGGAGUUCUUCGGGGUCCAAGGAUAGGGCUGCGAAGGAGUAGAAGUCUUCCUGAUAACCUCGAUUACCCCUGGAGUUUGCAACCCCGAUUACCUUAGGAUUAUUGAGAGGUAUGCGACCGGUACCUCCUGGGGUUGAGAAACGGACGUAAUCAUGGUACUGUGCAAUGGCUGGUACACGGAAGCUGGUACGCAAGCGAGGGCUCAAACGGUUGCAGAGACGUAGUGCGGCCAUGCGAGGUUGACUUGCUGGCCAUGAAAUAGGGCAUGGGCGAGACAGUACAGGGAUACCGCACUGUCAAC